CCAUCCCCACAGGCAGAGUUCAGUUCAACAAAAAAUGCUUUUGAAACUGAUGAAAAGUUUUGAUUCCCCCCUACUCUCUCUCCAGUUCCACUUUCUCUCUCAUCCCUUCCCCUAAUGAAGGCCUUACCCUCACCCAGCCUCACCGCCAUAAACCCUCACUCAAUUAGAUGACUCCAACGGCUACCAUCACCUCCCUAAUCCUAACCCUCAUCGUCCUCUCACCUCCAGCCCACUGCCUCAGCGGCUCCGCCGCCACCGUCGCAGUCGUAUACGGCGGCGACUCCCCCGCCGUCUGCGGCAUCGUCGCCGACUGCCACACCCACCAAAUCCAAUGCUGGAAAAACGGAGGGCGAACCUACAUCCAACCCAACAUAUCCUUCGACUUCAUCGCCGGCGGCCGGGAAAACUUCUGCGGCGUCACCUCCGGCGGCGCCACCGUCGUCUGCUGGGACCCAUCUUUCUCCCCAAAACGAAUUUACAGCAACGAUUUAGUAACGUUACAAAGCCUUACAAUGGGUGAUGAUCAAGUUUGCGCAAUAACUAGCCUUACAAAUACCGUUAGAUGCUGGAGGGAGGGUAGAAAUGUAAUAUCGGCUCGAAUUCUAAAUGGGUAUGAUCAAUUUCGGUUGAUUUCAUCUGGGUUAGGUUUUUCUUGCGGAAUCUUGAUGACUACGAAUAGGGUUUUUUGUUGGGGGAGCAAUUUAGCAAUGGCAAGUCAAAUUCAAGCCAAAUUCGAGAAUUUGCUGAUGGAAGAUAUUGUUGUUGGAGGUAAUCAAGCUUGUGGGUUGAAUCUAACUGGGUUUUUGAUCUGCACAGGGAUAGGAAACUCGAAAAAUUUCGAUUUUUUAUCUGAUAUUGCUUAUGAAUUCUCUGGACUAGCACUUGGGGCUGAUCACAUUUGUGCCAUUAGAAGGUGUAAUGGCUCAGUUGUUUGCUGGGGUGGAAAUGGAGAAUAUACAAGCAAUUUAACUGAAGGGAUUUCGUUCGAAUCGAUUGUUGCAGGUUUUAAUUUCACUUGUGGAUUGACCACGAGUGAAUUUUCGAUUUUAUGUUGGGGUCCAGGUUGGCCUAGUAAUGCCUCUUUUGAGCUUCCAUUGUUGAAAAUACUGCCGGGGCCAUGUGUUCAAUCCAACUGUAGUCAUUGUGGUAUGUACCCUCAGUCUGAAAUCCUGUGCUCUGGUUCUGGUAAUAUAUGUAAACCUUGUGGCAUACCUGUUAUUUCAAUGCCACCAACUUCACCACCACCUCUCUCAUCUUCACCUAGAGUUUCUCUCUCUCCUUCGCCUCCAUCCAAGGUUUUGAGAAAGGGUUUACUAGCCUUUCUCAUAGUUGGAUCUGUUGGGGCAUUUUCUGGGAUGUGUACCAUCAUCUUCUGCUUAUGGACUGGCAUUUGUUUUGGAAACAAAAAGAUUCACAAUUCGGUGCAACCCACUUUUGCCCAUUCAAACUCGAAUGGGGGACUAACGUCUUUGACAAGUCCCCUGUCGAGAUCCUCCACCCUCAGGCGGCAGGGGUCGAGGGCAAUGAGGCGGCAGAGGAGCGGGACCUCCUCCAAACACGCUGACAAGGCGGAGGAGUUUUCGUUUUCCGACCUCUCUGCCGCCACCAACAACUUCUCAAUGGAAAACAAGCUUGGUGCAGGGAGUUACGGCGUCGUGUACAAAGGGAAGUUAUGGGAUGGACGAGAGGUUGCCAUUAAGAGGGGGGAAACAGGGGCGAAGACGAAGAAAUUCCAAGAGAAAGAGACUGCUUUCGAAUCGGAAAUUGCUUUUCUAUCUAGGCUGCAUCACAAACACCUUGUGCAACUUGUUGGGUAUUGUGAAGAAAGGGAUGAGAGGCUACUUGUAUAUGAGUUCAUGAAGAAUGGAGCACUCUAUGAUCAUUUACACAGCCCAAACAAUACUGAAAAGAGCAGCAGUUUGUUGAAUUCUUGGAAAAUGAGGAUCAAAAUUGCGUUAGACGCAUCUCGUGGGAUCGAGUAUUUACAUAACUACGCAGUGCCACCAAUUAUUCAUAGAGACAUCAAGUCGUCAAAUAUUUUGCUCGAUUCGGAUUGGGUAGCAAGGGUUUCUGAUUUUGGAUUAUCAUUAAUGGGUCCGGAGCCAGAUGUUGAUUUUAGGCCAACAAAUGCAGCUGGGACGGUUGGGUAUAUUGAUCCAGAAUACUAUGGACUAAACGUGCUAACAGCAAAGAGUGAUGUGUAUGGCCUUGGGGUGGUUUUGCUGGAGCUUUUGACUGGGAAAAGGGCCAUAUUCAAGAGCGGUGGAGAUGGAGGAGGGGACCCAGUGAGCGUGGUGGAUUUCACUGUGCCCGCGAUUUUGGCCGGAGAGAUGGUCAAGGUUUUGGACACGAGGGUGGGGCCGCCGGAGGUGAGUGAGGCGGAGGCGGUGGAGCUGGUGGCGUACACCGCCGUGCGUUGUGUUAAUUUGGAAGGGAAAGAUAGGCCAAGUAUGUCUGACAUUGUGGCUAAUUUGGAGAGGGCAUUGGCUUUGUGCAACGAUGAUAGCCAUGGCAGCAUCUCUAGUGGUCCAAUUUCCAUUGUUUCAGAGUGAAGCUCUCAACCCCAUUGAAAAAGAAAACAAAUUUGAUUUUUUUUUUUUCCCAUUUUUUGUUUUUGUUGUCUUGUUUUUGUUGUAUGAUUUAUCCUGCUAUACUUUUUGAAGUGCAAGUGUAGAGGUUCAUCUAGCAUGAGGUGUAGGUAGGGUUAACACUGACAGUGACAGCAACAAGAAACAUUGCAUCAUUUUUUGUUUGAGGAACUA